AUGAUAAAACUACUAUUUACGUACAUACGACAAUAAUAUACGUACGCAUUUAAUAUAGUACUCUAUUAUAUGGAUUACGCAUGCGUGCGUUUGUAUAUACUACACAUAUAUAUAUAUAAAAUACUAUAAAUAUAUGUAUGUGUAAAUAUAUAUAGAGGCAUCGCCACGCUUCAAGUUUGUCUCUUUAUUAUAAGUCUUCUUCCUAUCUCUAACUUUACCUUUUCUUCUUCUGCUUCUUCUUUCUUGCUGAAGAACCCUAAAUUAAAAUUAAUGGCGAUUUUACCGGAAAACUCUUCAAACUUAGAUCUUUCUAUCUCCGUUCCAGGCUUCUCUUCCUCUCCUCCCUCCGAUGAAGGAAGUGGCAGAGGAAGAGAACAGCUAAAGCUUGACAUGAAUCGAUUGCCGUCGUCUGAAGAAGAUGAAGAAUUCAGUCACGGUGGCUCUGCUCCUCCGCGCAAGAAACUCCGUCUCACUAGAGAACAGUCUCGUCUUCUUGAAGAUAGUUUCAGACAGAAUCACACCCUUAAUCCCAAACAAAAGGAAGCACUUGCAAAGCAUUUGAUGCUACGGCCAAGACAAAUUGAAGUAUGGUUCCAAAACCGUAGAGCAAGGAGCAAAUUGAAGCAAACGGAGAUGGAAUGCGAGUAUCUUAAAAGGUGGUUUGGUUCAUUAACCGAGCAAAACCACAGGCUCCAUAGAGAAGUAGAAGAGCUUAGAACCAUGAAAGUAGGUCCACCUACCGUGACCUCCACCGCGAGCCUCACCAUGUGUCCUCGCUGCGAGCGAGUCACCACUGCAACGAGCCCGUACGUCGUCGAUGGCGGCGGUGGCGUUCUUGCCAAGAAAACGCUUCCGACGCAAGAGCGUGAGCAUUGAUUUUAUGUAUUUUCAUUAUUGGAUAUGGUUUAGAAGUCAACGAAAGUCAACCCAAGCAUGAGCCAAGAAAAAAAUUGAUGAUCACAUGAUUUCCUGUAAAUAGUAUGUAGGGGAUUCUAUGCGCGCACAACAGUUCUUUGUAGAUUAUUAUUAUUUUAAUCAGAAUUCAACCUCUUUUUAGUAUAUAGCAAAUUAAAGA